UACCACGGACAAGAAAGUGAAGGGUUUCGUCGUCAGACUUCUGCUGCUUCAACUUCACCAUGAAACUGCUGGUGGUGUUUCUCCUCUUAUGUGCCACAGUGGCCCAUGGACAAGAUGAACCUGAGUUUGAGCCACAACUGCCUGAGGACUCACUUGCAGAGGAAGACCAACUGAACAGCUCGGAUGAGAUGAAAUCAGACGAUAUCGAUGACGCUGAAAUGAGUGAAGACAACUCUCUGGCUCAAGAAAAGAAUGCCGAGUCAAGGGGACAUAAAUGCGACAGAAUUGGAUCUCUAAGGCCUGGAGUGUGGUACAACUACAGGGGGCGUAACUACAUAUAUCUGCCCUAUCGACGGCCUUGGGCUUAUGCUCAGAACCACUGCCUGCAACUUGGUGGAACUCUCGCCACAGUUCACAACAGUGUUGUGAACUCUUUUCUGAAACGACUUGCCCAGGGAGACCCGGCUUGGAUUGGAUUCUCUGAUGCACAAUAUGAUAGGUUUUGGUUCUGGAUAAAUGGUGAACGCCUGGUCUAUGCAAACUGGUGCCGUGGAGAACCCAACAACUACCAUGGAAGACAGGACUGCGCUAUUAUCAACUGGACAAGAGCCAAGUGCUGGGACGACCAGAAGUGCAAACAAAGCUUCCCUUACAUCUGUGAAAAAAAGUAGCUAUGAACUACUGAGUUCACAUUAACAAUCAUACUUUUCACUUUUUCAUGCAAUAUAUAUCCAAAGAAAAAACAUAAAAUGAAGACCGAUGUUAGAGGUGGUCUGCUCUGAGGUCAUGUGACUCAAGAGCAGAAGGAAUGGAUCUGAAAGUUGCUUUAACUUCACUUUUCUUUUCUGUCAAAUGUGAUUAAAACGCUCAAGCAUU